CGUGUACACUACUAGCCGUAGCCCUUCAAACCUUCGUCUCUUCUCCUCUUGCAAUUCUAUCAAACACCUCCAAGAUGGUUACAGUGAACGGAGACUCCGCCGGCGCCGGCCUCAUCGUGAGCUUCGGCGAGAUGCUCAUCGACUUCGUGCCGACCGUGUCGGGCGUGUCGCUGGAGGAGGCGCCGGGGUUCCUAAAGGCGCCCGGCGGCGCCCCGGCCAACGUGGCGAUCGCCGUGGCCCGGCUCGGUGGCCGCUGCGCCUUCCUCGGCAAGCUUGGAGACGACGAGUUCGGCCGCAUGCUGGCGGCGAUCCUGAAGGAGAACGGCGUGGACGACGCCGGCGUGUCGUUCGACGCCGGGGCGCGCACUGCGCUGGCCUUCGUCACACUGCGCGCCGACGGCGAGCGCGAGUUCAUGUUCUACCGCAACCCCAGCGCCGACAUGCUGCUCACGGAAGCGGAGCUCAACCUUGAUCUCAUCAGAAGGGCCGCGAUCUUUCACUACGGAUCUAUAAGUCUGAUCACGGAGCCAUGUCGAUCCGCUCAUUUGAAGGCGAUGGAGGCGGCAAAGGAAGCAGGAGCCCUGCUCUCCUACGACCCCAACCUCCGGCUGCCGCUGUGGCCGUCGGCGGCGGAGGCCAGGGAGCAGAUCCUGAGCAUCUGGGACCAGGCCGACAUCAUCAAGGUGAGCGACGUCGAGCUGGAGUUCCUCACCGGCACGGAGUCGGUGGAAGACGAAGUCGCCAUGCGACUCUGGCGCCCGAGUCUGAAGCUCCUCCUCGUCACUCUUGGGGAGAAGGGAUGCAAGUACUACACCAAGGAUUUCCAUGGCAGCGUCGAGUCCUACGCCGUCAAACAGGUCGACACGACCGGUGCUGGCGACGCGUUCGUCGGCGCUUUGCUGGGGAAGAUCGUCGAAGACCAGUCGGCUCUGCAGGAUGAAAAGAAGUUGAGGGAGCUGCUGAGGUUUGCCAAUGCAUGUGGAGCAAUCACCACCACCAAGAAGGGAGCAAUCCCAUCACUGCCUACUGCAGCAGAAGCCAUGCAGCUCAUGGGCAGUGCCUAAGCCAUGCUUAGAUUGUGUUCUUCUUCUCUACAAGCUUGUUGCAGCUUCAUGAGAAUUUUCCUUGUUUGAGUUAUGAUCUUAUUUCCCUUCUUCCACCAAAUUCCUCUGGUAGCUCCCAUUUAUCUUGGCUACAUUGUGCUUAUGAUCAAUGUUACAGAAACUACUAAUUGAUGAUGGCUUUUAAAUGCUUUCA